AUGGCGCUCGCGCUCCUCCUCCCAGUCCCAGCAGCAUCUCCUCCGCUCCGCAGCCGUCGUACAAUCCGUUCGAUCUUCGCGAAUCCUGCACGGCGAGCCAAACGGAACCUGCUGGAGCUCAUCUCCGACCAGGAUCGAGGUCUCAGGACCCAGAAAGACGCCGCGAAGCGAGACGCAAUCGUGAACGCCAUCGAGUCCAUGGCGAGUAGCGCCGUCACGACAGGCGAGUCUCUCUCCGGCACUUGGAGACUCAUGUGGACGACGGAGAAGGAACAGCUGUUCAUCAUAGAGAAGGCGGGGCUGUUUGGGACGAGCGCCGGAGACGUUCUUCAGGUGAUCGAUGUGGAGAAGAGGAAGCUCAACAACGUCAUCACUUUCCCUCCUCACGGCGUUUUCUUCGUCCGCUCUGAUAUCGAUAUCGCUUCCCCGCAGAGAGUCAAUUUCAGAUUCAGUAGUGCGGUGUUGAGAGGAAGGAAUUGGGAGAUCCCACUGCCACCAUUUGGGCAGGGCUGGUUUGAAAAUGUGUAUUUGGAUGAUGAGAUCAGAGUGGCCAAGGACAUCAGAGGAGACUACUUAAUUGUUGACCGUGCUCCUUAUGACUGGAAAGAAUGA